GUUAAGCCCAACCUCUCAACAUUUACAACUCCUUCCUCCGAAGAAAAAGUGUGGAAGAUGAUGGACUCCCUUCUAACUCCUUCAACUUUUUCCCAUAUGCAAACUCCGGCGACUACUUUCGACCACGAAGACUUCCUAAACCACAUCUUUGCCUCCGCUCCAUGGCCCUCGGUCGACGAAACUCAUGCUCCUCAGCCUCCUCCCUCUGAUGGCUUCCUGGACUCGAGGAAUCAACAGAUCAUGAUGAUGCCUUUAUCAUCUCAUCAUCAAAACGACAACGUUGAUGGCUCCUCCGCCCAUGCUCUUUACAAUGGCUUCUCCGCCACCGGGUCUCGUCCUUUCCACAUCCCUCAGGGGUCGGGAGGUGGACCGAUGCACCAACAAGGCCAAAGGCAAAGGCAACCACAACAGCAAGCGAGUGCGUCCACAGAUACUGGUGGUACUGCGGUGUCUCCGUCCCAGAGUAGGACUAAAGUCCGAGCUAGGAGAGGUCAAGCUACUGAUCCUCACAGUAUCGCCGAGAGGUUACGGAGAGAGAGAAUUGCGGAGAGAAUGAAAGCUCUUCAAGAACUUGUUCCUAACGGCAAUAAGACAGACAAGGCAUCGAUGCUCGAUGAGAUUAUAGAUUAUGUUAAGUUCUUACAACUCCAAGUCAAGGUACUGAGCAUGAGCAGAUUAGGUGGUGCUGCUUAUGUUUCUUCUCAAAUCUCUGAGUCAGGUGGGUCCCACGGGAGCGCGUCAUCCGCCGUCGCCGGGGGUAACCAGCCUACAGGAAACUCCAACGACGGCUUGACGAUGACGGAGCAUCAAGUGGCGAAGCUAAUGGAAGAAGACAUGGGCUCGGCGAUGCAAUACCUUCAAGGAAAAGGUCUUUGUCUCAUGCCUAUAUCUUUAGCCACUGCCAUCUCAACCGCCACGAGCCACACGCGUAACUCUUUGAUCCCUGGAGCUGGCGACGUCGGAGGUCGCCCUUCUUCUUCCAAUCUAUCCGGCAAGACCGUACAGACAAUGAACACGUUGAAGUUAAAUAGCAACGGUAACGGCAUGGCUGAGGGAUCCUCGUCUAUCGCCGUCAAAGAGGCGGUAUCCAUUUCGAAGCCGUGAUAACCAUUCUCUUUUUUACUUUUGCGGUUAUGCAAAGAGAUACCAAAACAAAACAUAAAAAGUGGGUGUUUUGAUGUGUACUCUCUCAACGAUGCCAUAUUUCUCGUAGAGUUUUGGUUCUUUUACUUGCUACUACAAAACCACAUUACAUUUUCCCCUUUAAAUACUUAUGUUUUACUAAUAUAAUAAGAACAUAAUUAUC